UCCUCGUAUUCUCAGCUGCUCGCGGCCACAUGUUUGUCUAAACUGGUGUCUCGAACCAGCAACCCUCUACCGCUCGAGCAGCGCAUCGACAUCCGGAACUAUGUGCUGAAUUAUUUGGCCACGCGGCCGAAGUUAGCAGCGUUUGUGACCCAGGCCUUGAUCCAGCUGUACGCCAGGAUCACCAAACUGGGCUGGUUCGACUGUCAGAAAGAUGACUACGUCUUCAGAAACGUCAUCGCAGAUGUGACGCGCUUUCUACAGGAUAGCGUUGAACACUGCAUCAUAGGCGUCACCAUCCUGUCCCAGCUGACCAAUGAGAUCAAUCAGGCCGACACGACGCAUCCUCUGACCAAACAUAGGAAGAUAGCAUCGUCAUUCAGAGAUUCCUCCCUCUUCGACAUUUUCACUCUUUCCUGCAACCUCCUCAAACAGGCUUCGGGGAAGAACCUGAACCUGAACGAUGAAUCUCAGCACGGCCUGCUGAUGCAGCUGCUCAAACUCAGCUACAAUUGUCUCAACUACGACUUUAUAGGAACUUCCACAGACGAGUCGUCGGACGACCUCUGCACCGUACAGAUCCCCACGUCAUGGAGAUCAGCAUUUCUCGAUUCCUCCACCCUGCAGCUCUUUUUCAAUUUAUAUCAUUCCAUCCCUCCGUCCCUUUCCCCGUUGGUGUUGUCAUGUCUAGUCCAGAUAGCCUCUGUGAGGAGGUCUCUCUUCAACAACGCAGAACGAGCAAAGUUUCUGUCACAUUUGGUGGACGGAGUUAAGAGGAUACUAGCGAACCCACAGUGUUUGCCAGAUCCGAAUAACUACCACGAGUUCUGUCGUCUGCUGGCGAGGCUGAAGAGUAACUACCAGCUGGGGGAGCUGGUGAAAGUAGAAAACUACCCUGAAGUUAUUCGCCUCAUAGCCAACUUCACCGUCACCAGUCUGCAGCACUGGGAGUUUGCCCCCAACAGCGUUCACUACCUGCUGAGUCUGUGGCAGCGUCUGGCAGCGUCGGUUCCCUACGUCAAAGCCACCGAACCUCACCUGCUGGAGACCUACACUCCAGAGGUCACCAAGGCCUACAUCACAUCGCGGCUCGAGUCGGUCCACGUCAUCCUCAGAGAUGGUUUAGAGGACCCUCUGGAUGACGCUGGCCUGGUCCAGCAGCAGUUAGACCAGUUAUCCACCAUUGGGAGGUGUGAGUACGAGAAGACUUGUGCUCUGCUGGUCCAACUGUUCGACCAGGCAGCUCAGACCUACCAGGAGCUGCUACAGUCCACCAACUCGAGCGCUGCAGACAUCACUGUGCAGGAGGGUACGAGCGGCACACAAAUGGGGAUUCAAGCUCAAGCUUUAAAUUGUCGGUUGACAUGGUUGGUUUAUAUAAUCGGGGCAGUAAUCGGCGGACGGGUGUCGUUUGCGAGUACAGAUGAGCAGGACGCCAUGGACGGAGAGUUAGUCUGUCGGGUGCUCCAGCUGAUGAACCUCACUGACUCUCGGCUAGCUCAGGCCGGCAACGAGAGACUGGAGCUGGCCAUGCUCAGCUUCUUCGAGCAGUUCAGAAAGAUCUACAUCGGCGACCAGGUGCAGAAAUCAUCAAAGCUUUAUCGGCGACUAUCAGAGGUUCUGGGUUUGAACGACGAGACGAUGGUACUCAGUGUCUUUAUAGGGAAAAUCAUCACAAACUUGAAGUACUGGGGCCAGUGUGAACCAAUCACCUCCAAGACACUCCAACUACUGAACGACCUCUCGUUAGGGUACAGCAGUGUGAGGAAGCUGGUGAAGCUCAGCGCUGUCCAGUUCAUGUUGAAUAACCACACA